GAUGCAUUGACCUCCCACCGGAUUCACCUCUAAUGCGAAGCCAUGUUUCGGUCUCUGAGUCGCGUCCAGCAGUUUAACUGCAACCUCCUGACUCUGCAAAGACACAGAGUCAACUCUAAACUCCUCAUCUGUACGUCCAGAAUGGCCGGUUCAGAGUUCAGGAUUGAGCGGGACACGUUCGGUGAGCUCAAGGUCCCAGCUGACAAGUACUACGGUGCCCAGACUGUCAGAUCUACCAUGAACUUCAAGAUUGGGGGACCGAGUGAGAGAAUGCCAAUCCAAGUGAUCAAGGCCUUUGGUGUCCUGAAGAGAGCGGCCGCUGAGGUGAACAAGGAGUACGGCCUCAACCCAAAGAUAGCAGAUGCAAUCAUUCAGGCUGCAGAUGAGGUUUCAGCUGGUAAACUGGAUGAUCAUUUCCCUCUGGUGGUGUGGCAGACUGGAUCUGGAACUCAGUCCAACAUGAAUGUGAAUGAGGUGAUCAGCAACAGAGCUAUUGAGAUCAUGGGAGGGAAACUAGGCUCCAAAGAUCCCGUCCACCCUAAUGACCAUGUCAACAAGAGUCAGAGCUCCAAUGACACCUUCCCCACUGCCAUGCACAUUGCUGCAGCCACAGAAGUCCACCAUGUCCUGCUGCCUGGCCUGCAGACUCUGCAUGAUGCUCUGGCUGCUAAAGCUGAAGAGUUCAAAGACAUCAUUAAGAUUGGGCGCACACACACUCAGGAUGCUGUGCCACUCUCACUUGGACAGGAGUUUGGCGGUUACGUCCAGCAGGUGAAGUACAGCAUAGAGAGAGUGAAGUCCGCCAUGCCCAGGGUGUAUGAGCUGGCAGCAGGAGGCACCGCUGUAGGAACAGGACUCAACACCCGCAUUGGCUUUGCUGAGAAAGUAGCUUCCACUGUUUCUUCUCUCACCGGCUUGCCAUUUGUGACAGCUCCCAACAAGUUCGAAGCUCUGGCAGCCCACGAUGCCCUGGUGGAGCUGAGUGGAGCUCUGAACACAGUGGCUGUCAGCAUGAUGAAGAUUGCCAACGACAUUCGCUUCUUGGGAUCAGGACCCCGAUCUGGCCUGGGGGAGCUCAUCUUACCAGAGAAUGAGCCGGGAAGCAGCAUCAUGCCAGGCAAGGUGAACCCCACCCAGUGUGAGGCCAUGACCAUGGUUGCAGCCCAGGUGAUGGGAAACCACGUUGCGGUCACCAUCGGAGGCAGCAACGGGCACUUUGAACUCAACGUCUUCAAACCUAUGAUGAUCAAGAACGUCCUGAACUCUGCACGGCUACUGGGUGAUGCGUCCGUCUCCUUCACCAACAACUGUGUGGUGGGCAUCGAGGCCAACACAGAGAGAAUCAACAAGCUCAUGAAUGAGUCUCUCAUGUUGGUCACUGCACUCAACCCACACAUCGGUUAUGACAAAGCAGCCACCAUCGCCAAGACCGCUCAUAAGAAAGGCUCUACACUGAAGGCUGUGGCUGUUGAGCUGGGCUACCUGACCGAGGAGCAGUUUGACCAGUGGGUGAAACCAAGUGACAUGCUGGGGCCAAAGUGAACUCUGACAACACAACAAACACUACAAAGCAAAGAAAAUACAUUUUCUAUUGAGAGAAAAUAGUAUUUCUGUUAAAUCAAAUAAGAACUGUUCGAACAAAACUUGCUCUGAAUCCUGAACAUCUCUUACCUCUUAAUAAAAAGUUUGAGAAUCCUUUGCUGUUGUUUGAUGCAGCCUCUUACUGGUGUUAUUCAACCCCAGUUGAAUAUGGUGGGGGAAAAAGUUUUCUCAUGUCAUAUUAGACCUGGGCCAAAUGAUAUUUAAAUUUUACAGUUUUCUUCAGCUUACUAAACAUUUGUAACACAUGAUGCAAAGAUUGUCAAAAUGUUGAAAAUCAACACAACAGUAUAUCUCACAUAUUUGUGGAUGUUACUUCACCCAGGUUUGUCACACAUACACCUUUAUGUCUUAAAUGUCUGUUUUAUCAAACAGUGUAUUGUUGUUAAUGGAUACACCUGUUGCUUAACCUCAUCAGUAAGAAGUUUCACCAUCAAUACAACUUUUUCUGUAGUAAACUGUGUCAAUUUGUAAACCAACUUGUUGGUUUUGCUGGUCAGUCCUGUGAAAUACUUUGACUCUGUUCAGAUAUUAGUUGGUACCUUCAGGGUUGUUCACACAUUCACCCUGUGCCAUCCCAAAUAAUUUAACAUGGGCUACUGUACCUAGUGUGUUCUGGUUUACAGCAUGUGUGCCAUUUGUGCAGCGUUCCAGUUCAAUGAAUUAUAUGUUAAUUAAAAAGCAAAUUUAUUCUG